AUGACACGGAAAGCCAAGAGGCUGCCCUUCCCAAAGCUGAAGGCAAAGCCAAAGGCCAAGAAAGCAGUGCUGAACAGCGUUCACAACUACAAAAACGAGGCAUAUCCCCCUCCUUCUAAAGACCCUAAACACUGCAGCUUGAGAAGGCAGCCCAAAUAUCCUCGGAAGAGCACCCCCAGAAGGAACAAGUUUGACCAUUAUGCCAUUAUCAAGUUCCCUCUGACCACUGAGUCAGCCAGGAAGAAGACAGAAGAUAAGACACUUGUGUUCAUUGAGGAAGUUAAGCUCAACAGGCAUCAGAAUAAACAGGCCGGGAAGCUCUAUGACAUUGAUGCGACCAAGGUCAACACCCUAAUUAGACCUGAUGGAGAGGAGAAGGCACAUGUUCGGCUGGCUCCUGACUAUUCCGCCUUUGCAUGUUUCCAACAAAAAUGUGAUCAUAUAAAUAGACCAGCUGGUUAA